GCAUGCAAAAUAUGGCACCAGCAGAGAGAAUGAGAGAGUGAUGUAGCUUACCGAUAGGCACAGAGCUUUCUAUCACAGAAACAGACAGAACAGGUGGAAGGCACAGGUAAGGUAAGGCAAGGUAAGACACAUAUGAUAAUUUGUAGUUUUUAUUUUUCUAUUUGUGCUUCAAAAUACUGCUGAGUAUGUGUUAGAGUGGCAUUUGGACUUGUAAAUUCAUUUCCUCAAACAUAUUCAAAAUAUCUUGUAAACAUUUCCCUGUUUUGUACAAGCACAUGUUGGGCCCAUGCUGCCGAUACGCUCCACACUGGACUCAAAAAUGGACAUGACAGAUGAUAACCCCAUGGAGGGAAUUCAGACUGAGACAGAGAACAAGCAAACUAUGGAUAAUGACUUUUCUGCCGGACUAUCAGAUGAGACCCACCAACAUCUGACGAUCAGUGACAACCCUUCCAGCAGCUGCAGGAGGGUCAGAGUGAGAUCCAGACCAAAACUCCAGUCCACAAAAAGUUUCCCCCCAUACAGUCAGUGCAUAGGUGGACUUGGAGAAGACGGAGAGCAGGACAAAGAGCUCAAUUCAGAGUUGAGCAUCACUCACCAAUCCUCUCUCGGACAUGAUGACAUGAUGAGGGAAGAUGGGAGUGAGGGAGUUUCCGGCCAAGACAGAAAAGAGGCCUUCGAGUUGAAGACAAGACAUGCAAGGAAUGAGGUGAAGGCAAAAUGGAAGACGAAGAGGAGGGAGAGGUUAUGGGGCAGCUAUGAAGUUUAUCCAGAUGGAUGGGACAGUGCAAGGUGGAGUGGAAAAAGAAGGGUAGAAGAGACUGUAAGACAGAGGGAGCAUGCUGAUGAGGAAAGGGAAGGGGGCUCAAACAGUGAGUGGAAACACUGGAGAGGUAGAAACUCGAGUUUUGAGAUAGAGAGAAAAGAAGACGAGGAUGAAGAGCGAAAGAGCUCUCCUGUUUCAGCAGUAGAGGGAGAGAACGAGGGGAGUGGGGUGACCCUAGAGGAUGACGGGUCUGGGGAGCUGCCAGGAAUGACAGCGGGCUCCACAACACAUCAGUGGUCCUCCCCACAUCCAAUCCUCUCCAAGCUUAUGAAAUCGUCCUCCUCCACCUCCUCCUGCUCCUCCAUCAACCUCUCCUCAGCAGAGAGCGAUGAUGUCUUCAGCGAAGGAGAGGAUGCUAGCUCGAAGAGGAGGGCGUUCAAGAAGUGCCGCACCUGGAAAACCUACCUGACCAUGAUGCACUGGUCGCUGCGGCGUCAGAGCUCCUGGGUCCAGCUGGCUGGACAUCAAGGGAACUUCCAGCUAAGUGAAGGAGGGGAGGUGUUAAAACUGUACAGUGAAGUGGAGGCAAACUGCCUGGACUGCUUGAUGAGAGACCCGUUGAGACCCUUUGUCCCGCAGUACUAUGGUCUGGACACCAGGGGGGAUCUUUGCUACAUCCGCCUAGAGGACCUGUUGAGCGGCCUGAGGAGACCAGUCAUUAUGGACUGCAAGAUGGGAGUCAGGACAUACCAGGAGGAUGAACUGACCAAAGCCCGGGUCAAGGCCCCCCUGAGGAGUGACAUGUACCAGAAGAUGAUGAAAAUAGACCCAUCGGCUCUAUCAGCAGAGGAACACGAACAGAAAGCGGUGACCAAAUGGCGAUACCUUCAGUGGAGGGAUACAACCAGUUCUACGUCCAAGCUGGGCUUCAGGAUAGAGGGCGUCAUGAUGGAGGAUGGCAGCGUCCAGCGGGACUUCAGGAAAAUUCAGACUUUAGCACAGGUCACAGAGGCGUUGCUCUACUUCACCAGGAGUCAGCUGGAAAUCCUGAAAGCGUACCACUCCAGACUCCUGGCCCUGAGCGAUGCACUGAAGAGUUCACUGUUUUUCAGAACCCAUGAGGUGAUUGGCAGCUCGCUCCUCUUUGUCCACGACCACAGCAGCAAGGCCAACGUGUGGAUGAUAGACUUUGGGAAGACAACCCCCAUGCCCGAGGCAAGCGAGCUCCAGCACAACGUCCCGUGGGCCGAGGGGAGCAGAGAGGACGGCUACCUCAUCGGUCUGACCUCCCUCAUCACUUCUCUGGGCCAGGCCAUCAGCGUGGCCUCCUGGCAGCAGGAGGACGGCUGUGGAGGAGAAAUGAGCGUUACGUGAAGUACACUGAGGCUCAAAUUUAGGAUCAUUUGGACAAAACAACUGCUGUUACACUCUGAACUGCUGCCUCAUUUCAGUCACUGGAAGACACAACGGAGGAAGAUUUGUUUAUCUGUCUUCACAGGCUGAGGAAGACGAGUGAGGGAGUACAAUUCAGAUACAAUCUAAAGAAAUGUGAUGUGUUUUUAUUGCAAUUUUAAAUACUGUGGAGAGUUUUGCUACAAAGGCAGCUUUAACAGACUUUUUAUUCUUUCUUUCCAUUCAUAAAUUACUGUAAAUGUAUGUUCUUUACCUGCUGAUGUUUUCUUACCAACAUUUCUUCCUUCGAGGACUCAAGAGAUCUCACUGGUGUUGCAACACUUGCUAAGCUUUUUUGUUUACAGCAGCAAAGUAAACUCAUGAGGAAUCAUACACACAAACACGCACAUGUGGUUGAACAGCCUUGUGUUCUACUUGUUAUUAGUCAUCUUUAAAAGACAAACCUAUGCUUAU